AUGAACUGAAGAAAGGGAGACAUGUUUGUACCAAAGCCGUAUGCCCAGGUGCCAUCGCCUUGUUCGUCGUUUCCUGCAUAGUCGUAAUUUGCGUGGUGACUUUUGAGGAUGACGCCGUGCGAAUGAAGUUACAAUAUGAUUCGUCCGACCUGGCCUGGUGGAAGACGGCCAUUGUUUAUCAGGUAUAUCCCAGAUCCUUCAAGGACUCGGACGGAGAUGGAGUCGGUGACCUAAGAGGUAUAACACAAAAGCUUGACUACCUGACUGACCUUGGAAUUGGUGCUAUAUGGAUAAGCCCCUUCUACACCUCCCCAAUGAGGGAUUUUGGAUACGAUAUCUCAAACUACACAGAAGUCGAUCCCAUGUUUGGAACAAUGGACGAUUUCAACACUCUGCUGAAAGAGGCAAAAGAGAAAGGUCUGAAGAUAAUCGUUGAUUUUGUUCCUAACCACACCAGCAACGAAAGCAUGUGGUUUCAGGAGAGUAGGAAGGGUCCCAACAACCCUUAUAGUGAUUACUAUAUCUGGAAAGAUGGCGCCAUCCUUCCAAACGGUUCUAGAGGACCUCCGAAUAACUGGCUGAGUGUGUUCGGAGGUUCGGCGUGGAAAUUUGACACAAAACGUGGACAGUAUUAUUACCAUGCGUUCCUGGAAUCACAGGCUGAUCUGAACUACUACAACCCCCAGGUGCUCCAAGAGUUGAAGUCUGCCCUGCGGUUCUGGUUGGACAAGGGAGUUUCCGGAUUUCGUUUGGACGCACUGAAGUUUAUAUUUGAAUCGGAGAACGUAACUCAGAACGAGGCUCUGUUGCCUAAUCAAUAUGAAUGGCAUGAAAACGGACCACAUAAUUUGACCACGAGCUUCCCCCAAAUCUGUGACGUCAUUAAAAGCUGGCGAUCACUGCUUGACGAGUACACUUCUAUUGACCAUGAACCAAAAUUCAUGGCGGAGGAGUCUUAUGGAUUAACGACAGAGGUUCGAAACGCUCACUACAAAUCUGGUGCUAUGCCCUUCAACUUUGCACUUGUAGAAAUUAACUCGACCUGCGGAGGGACAUGUGUUAUGCGGUUAAUUAACAAAGGACUAAGUUCACUUGCAGAUGAUGCCUGGCCUAACUUUCAGGUUGGUAACCACGACAACGGCCGAGUUGCCUCCCGUGUGGGAAAAACUAAAUCGGGUGCCGUGACCAUGCUUCUACUCACACUCCCUGGCACACCUACCUCCUACUACGGCGACGAAAUAGGCAUGCAGGAUGUUUUCUACGCAUUCAAUGAAACACGUGACCCUGCUGGACUCCAUUUCGGAAAAGAAGGAUAUCAGGGUAGGUCACGUGAUCCGGAGAGAUCGCCGAUGCAGUGGUCUAGUGAUAUAAAUGCGGGAUUCUCAACUGGCACGCCAUGGCUCCACGUGCAUAAAGACUUCACUCGAACGAACGUGAAGAUGGAGACUGCAGAUCCCAACUCUUUGCUGAAUUUGUAUCGCACUCUAGCAAAACUCAGGAAGUACCCAUCAUUCCAGAACAGAAAACUCGAUUAUGCUGUAACCAAUGACAACGUUGUGUCUUACAUCAGAGUGGCAAGGGGCUGGACCAAAUACCUCGUUCUGAUCAAUUUCGGUUCAACCGGAAGUACAGAUGAUUAUUCAAAGAGCCCUGUGGAUUCUACUUCCGGUAGAAUAGUUGCAAAGACUAACAAUUUCAAUUCUUCCGAUAUUGAUAUAGGACAUACUAUUUCGUUAACGGAAGUAACGUUACAACCAGGACAAGGACUCGUUGUUGCGGUAUUUUAUCAAGGGAGUUAACCGUAUAACUGUACCCAGAGUUGUCGUUCUUUACACUCGCUGACUGAAUAUCAAAAAAAUCAAAUUGCUUGAUCAGUUCUUUUGAGAGUUCAUACUGUUUGUAUGAUUUACAGGUGUACGAUAAUGUGUACCCUUGUAGGCUUUAGAUGUAUAUUAUCUUAUACUUGUAAGGUCUACAUACAUUUAUAUUGUUAGAGGAAAUAAAAAUAUAAUUAUGUUGGCAAUAUGUGUUUAAUCAUAUUUCAAUAAACAGGUACAAAUUAUUGUACACAAGUGAUA